AUGGCUACGCAAGCGCCCGCGAAGAUUGAUCGCCAAACGACGACACCUUUCUUGUUGCGCCUGUUCUUCAAGCAAGGCGCAUUUCACAGACUAGAUGAAUUCGACCCAACCCUCCCUCGCCUCCCUACGAAUGUUCAAAUCUACACAUGGCAGAGUUGCACUUUGCGUGAAUUAUGCAAGCUCCUCCUCAGCGCUGUACCAAGUCUUCUACCACAACCCUACACCGGCUCCCGCAUUGCGUUUCGUCUCAUAUAUCCCGACAUACAAGGCGCAAAUCGACCCGGAGCACCAGGGCGCUACAUUUCCCGCGACAUAGGAUCGGUCAUCAUAGGCGCACGUACAGGAGAAGAAGAUGUCGAGACGGAUAGCACAGAUGCUUCGAAUGUUGCCAAAGCGUUGAAGCAGUUGGAUGGCGACCCAGACAAGACCCUGGCAGAUGCAAAGUUCCUUAUAGGCGACUAUGUUGCCUGUGCCAUACUUCCGCCGCUGGCAGACGGUAGUGUGCCAGCCGCGCCGCCACCACUCUCUGGACCUGGCAGAGGACCUCCACCUGGAUCCUAUGGCGGAAGAGGGCGGGAGAACGGCUUUGGAGGCCGUGGAGACUUUGGCUACGACUCGGUGGGGGUGUCCCCUCUGGAGAGUGGAGACGGGGCGAGGCACCGCCGGAUCGAGAUGGAGGAUUUGGCCGGGGGAGAGGCGGAGGUGGACGAGGAGAUCGAGACGGUGGCAGUGAUUGGCGUGACCGUGGUCGUGGACGAGGAAGAUGGUCCUGCUCUCCAUCCACUACUCACCAGCAACUGGCUGAAAAUCAUGAUUCCCUUCCUGGUCCAUCAGCUUGCACUUCCUCAUUCCCUUGCUGAACAUGGUGCCCGUCGAAAUUCAACCAAAGACCGGCAUUCAAAGCGCCAAGGAGACAAGCACGACCUGGAUGGCUACGACAAUGAGGUGCAAGCAAAACAAGAAAUCCAUCCCGACGGCGACAUGCGUGAGAUUGUCACUCUUCAGUUUGGUCGACAGAGUAACUAUCUGGGAACCCACUACUGGAACACGCAAGAGUCGUACUUUACCUAUCCCCCAGAAGAGGAAUCACCCGUCGACCAUGACGUUUCGUUCCGCCCAGGCAUCGCUCCUGAUGGCUCCGAUACAUUCACGCCAAGAGCCCUGAUAUACGACUUGAAAGGUGCCUUCGGGAGCAUGAGAAAGAUCAGUGCUCUGUAUGAGCCGGAAGAUGAUAGAAGUCUAAUUGACCAGCCUGGAGUAUGGCCCUCGAAACCUAUUGUUCAGCGUGCCACACAGACGAUUCCGCAAUCCGAGUAUCAGGUUCAUCUGGACGCUGGCCUACCACCACCGCAAUUGAGUGCCUCUACUGUUCGCUAUUGGUCCGAUUACAGCCGCGUUUACUAUCAUCCAAAGUCUAUUGUCCAAUUAUCAGAGUUUGAUGUCAAUGAUAAAUUAAUGCCAUUUGAAAACUGGGAAGUGGGUAUGGAGCUGUUUGAGAAGUUCGAAAGAGAAGUCGAUUUGGUAGACCGGGAUCUGAGGCCAUUUGCCGAAGAGUGUGACGGUAUCCAAGGCCUACAAAUCUUCACAGGGGUUGACGACGCCUGGGGCGGAUGGGCAUCAGGCUGGUUAGAACGGUUGCGAGAUGAGUAUGGAAAGCUGAGCAUAUGGACAUGGGGAUUAGGCGACCAAGGUGCGAAUUUAGCUGUACCUCGAGAAAGAAGACUGCAGCAGGUCGCGAACGCCUCGCGAUCACUCCAGAUACUCGGCGACCAAUCUUCGCUUUACAUUCCGAUAUCGAACAGCCCAGCCAAGAUCCCCAAUUAUCUAUUAAUGGAAGCGACGUCUGCGUGGCACAUCGCCGCUCUACAGGUUGCCGGCCUGGAAAGCAUGACCAUCUCAUCGCGAUUAAGAACCUCCGUAGGCGGUCGAGGCACCCUCCAAGAUCUUGAGAAUACUGUCAAUAGCACGGGCAAGCAACGCAUAGCCAAGUUUGGUAUAAGUAUCGCAAACCCAGACGUCCUGUCCGCCAAAGUCCAGCAAGAGACUGCGCAAGCAGAGAAGACUGGUUCGAUGACGUCUCGAAGGACGAGCGAAGACUGCGGCACCCUGGCUGACUUCGACAUGGAUGUCUUCACGCGAGACUAUCGAAAUAUUAAUAGAACUAGCAAAAAAGAGCACAUUUUCGGCCGUGCGGAAUCUUGCCGAGGGGAAUGGAAUGUACAUGAAGAUAAUGAUCAUGAUCCUCAUGACAGGUUCAAUCCAAGACCAUCAGUGCAAAGAUUCAUUGCACCCAUUCUCUUUCCGCUGCUUGACAGUUUUCCGGCGUCAUUAUUUGACGUGGGAAACCGUCACCCCGCCAAACUUGCUGUUUAUGCGGGAUUGACUACGAGCACUGCUGUUGCUGAACAGAUACGAGCUGUUGAGCAGAUUGCCAAACGACUGACAGGGUUAGAAGACAAAGAAGCACUCUGCAAUGGCUUGCAAGUACUCGCCGAAGAAUACGAUGAGGGAUGGGAUGGCGAUGCUGACAGCGAUGAUGACUAUUAG